AUGAUGUCCUCGAAUGACCUCUCCGGCUUUCUAGUCCACUACACAUUCAAAGAUGUUCUCCUCGGUGGAAUAUCGCUGUACCUCGUCUACGGAAUCCUCCUCUAUAUUUAUCGCUUGACCCUUCACCCGCUGGCCCAGUUCCCAGGCCCCAAGCUUGCAGCAGCGACAUUUUGGUAUGAGUUCUAUUAUGACCUUUUCCCACACAAAUUGCGCUACUUGUGGAAGAUAGAAGAAAUGCACAAGAAAUACGGGCCAAUUGUUCGCAUCAACCCAAUUCACUUACAUAUCAACGACCCCAACUACCUCGAUGAAAUAUAUGCCGGAGGCAAGCGUAAGCGCAAUCGAGAUCCCUGGUACUACCGCUCUGAGCCAAAUGGCCCUCUAGGAUGGUCGGUUUUUCAGACUGUCGAUCACGAUGUCCACCGGAUGCGAAGGGCCGCACUCAAUCGUUUCUUCAGCAAGCGUUCCGUUCAAGAGCACGAACAGAUGAUAAUCGAGAAGAUUGAAGUUUUGUGUGGUCGCUUUGCAGAGGCUUGUCGCGCAGGCGAUGUUGUUCCUCUAACCUUCGCUUGCGGUGCGCUAACAAUGGACGUCAUCUCGGCCUACGCUUUCGGCGCGGAGACGGACAACUUAACGCGCCAGGACUUCGGCGCGGAGUAUCUCGAGGCAUAUAGCAAACUGAGUCAAUUUGGCCCUGUCGGUCGCCAGUUCCCUUGGCUUGCCAAGGCAUGUCUUACGCUGAUUCCGUCAAGCCUCAUGCAUCGAAUCAGCCCUGCCGCUGCCCUCAUUCCCAGGAAUCGGCUUUUCUUCCGCGGUAUGAUUGAGGAAUCUGUCCAUCAACAGGAAGAAGAGAAGAGACGCAAAUCCGAAGAUUCAUUCGAGGCAGAGAAGGAAGUUCAAAAGAACAAGUCCAUUUUCCAGGAUAUUCUACGUAGCAACCUUCCGCCCGGCGAGAAAGCACCCGCCCGCUUAGCGGCAGAGGCCAAUCUCUUACUUAUUGCAGGCACUGAGACUACUGCCAGGGCUUUGUCGCUUGUCCUCUUUCAUAUCCUGGAUAAUCAUCAGACUUUAUUGCAACUGAGGAAAGAACUGGCGCCUCUCAUGCCCCACCCUGAUUCACGGGUGUCCGUGGCUGCCCUCGAAGCCUUGAGAUAUUUUCCAGCAGUAAUUACAGAGGGAAUCAGGCUCUCACAUGUGGUUUCAAGCCGAAUGCCUCGAUAUGCACCGGAGGAGACACUACGCUACGGCAAAUGGACUAUACCCGCGGGGGCACGUGUGAUGCAAUCUCAUUAUCUGCAUCAUAUGAAUCCCGAUAUCUUCCCGGAUCCUUACACGUUCAACCCGCAUCGCUGGCUUGACAAUCCUGCGUUGAAACAGAAUUAUUUUAUGGGCUUUGGCAAAGGGUCUCGUAUAUGUCUUGGUAUCAAUCUUGUAUACGCCGAACUUUAUCUCGCUAUAGCCCGCCUCGUGACUCGUUUUGACAUGCGUUUGCAUGACACAAUCAGGGAGCGGGACGUCGAUGUCAAACGUGAUUCUAUAAUUGGGCUCCCGAGCCUCGAAGGGCAGGGAAUCCGUAAUUGUGUUGUGAUGACCAUGGCCUCGACUUCGAAGAUCGCGCUUGACCCCCUCGACCACAUAGCUGCGUGGAAUAUUCCACAGAGCGUGAUCUACUUGAGUUUGAAGCAGGGUGUCACGGUGCAGGAGGCCUUUGGACGUCUCCAAGAAGGCCUGCGUCGAACCUUUGCUCAAAUACCUUGGCUGAAUGGUCGCGUACACUGGAGUGAGGAUACCCCGGGGUGGCGUCCCGGACAGUUGGAAAUUCGUUUCGAGUCCCCUUCUUCGAAAGAGUCACCACACCAACUGCGAUUCAAUGAGUUAGAAACUGAUCUAAAGUUCUCUGAUCUCAGAGAUCAAGGUUUCCCAUUGGACACAUUCGAAGAUAAAAAUUUGUUAUGGACGGUGCCGUUUCAGCCAGAUUUCGAGCAAGGGGCUGAUGUCUUGUCGGCCCAGGCCAAUUUUUUGCCUGGAGGCUGUGCUCUGGUUCUCUCUGUCGCGAGCCCGGCCUCGGACGGCACAGCUAUGCUCUCCGUGACUCAAACUUGGGCUCACCAUUGCAACUCUUGGAUGACAAACGCAGAGACGGACAACAGUGUUCAACCGCAUGGCGGCUUGAGCUCGGAUUUUGAACGGACAGCAUUGAGAAGGAUAUGCAAAGGGGACAAGCGAGGUGAGGUUUCAAGUCAUAUGGCAGCAGGAAUUUGUCGACUUGUGGGCCUUGACUCCGAACACGCAAUUCUUGAUAUGACUUCCACCGCUCCCGACGCCCUUCCUGGUGUGCCCAACACAAUGAAGCCCACGUUGUUUUAUCUGCCGCAGGGAGCAUAUACAGCCCUACGCAAAGACUGCGUUGCUGAACUUGGUGCUACGGAAGUUUCUGGAAACGACCUUAUUUGUGCAUUGAUCUGGAGAAGUGUUGUCAGGGCUUGGAUGGCAACUCAAGACGCGCAGCACAACAACGGCGGGCUUGGCACAGCUAUGUCAGAGGUCAGCAUCCCCUUUGAUGCGCGGCCGCAGCUACAGGAUCUGCUGCCAACCAGUUAUCUGGGCAAUGUCAACUUUGAAAACAGAGUUGCCCUUUCCCUGAGCCAUAUUGUGGGCAGGGAUACGAGCAUACCCCAGCUCGCGCAAACGAUACGGACCCAUGCAGCGACUUUCGCAGGUCACGACAACCUACUGGAUGCGUACAGACUACUCGAUUCGGUCCCAGACUACAAAAGUCUACCGCAGCUGCGAGCAUCUCGCAUGAUAUCCCCCUCAGUGGGCAUCCUGGCUCCAACAACGCUUCCGUUCAAUGAGACCUGCUUUGGAGCCCAGACAUUCGGUGCUGGUGGUCGACCGGAAGCUUUUCGGCCGCUCAUGGGAGAUUGCAACGGUGGGUUUCGCACCUGUUUCGUCAUACCUCGAAAAUCUUAUGGCGGAAUCGAGUUUGUUAUGAAUUUAUCUGACAAAGAAGUGAACUUCCUCGACAAGGACGGUGAAUUCACGAAAUAUAGUUUACGCAUGUAA